AAAACAGUACGAUUUGAUAUUUGUUGUUGUCGGUAUUAGUUUUGUUAUUCUUUUACAAGAAAAAAUUUAUAUCCUUGGUUUUCAUUAAUUUUUCCUCACAUGAUAAAGAGAAAUUUAAAUAAGAUAAUAUAUUUUAAAAGUAUUAAUACUACUCUUAGAGUAUGCCGCCUUGAGCUUUGAUUUGAAGUAUUUUUCUCUAUUGAAGGCGUUACCGACUUACCGUCUGUUUAAUUACUCUACAGUUUUUUUAUCAAAUAAAAUUGUUAGCUAUACGUUUUCAAUCAAAAAUUAAACAAACGAAAAACAUCUUUUUUUCAUCAUGGCAACUUCAAUUUUUGAUAUGAAUCAAAUUGAGCAAGAAGCUGCAACAACAGCAGCUAAACAUGUUGCUAACAUGUUACAAAGACCUGAUCAAUUAGAAAAAGUUGAAAAAUACAUGCAUCGUGAAAUGAGAAAAAAGGCAUCUGUUGAUGGAGUCCUCAAAACAGCCAUGCAAACACAACUGGAUGGUGUUCAAACAGGCUUAAGCCAAUUAGAAGCUGCUUUGGCAGAAAUUAAAGAAAUAAACAAAGACAUGCAAGAAAUACAAGAGACUCUAAAACUGGUUCCGUCUUUAGUUGAUAACCUUUAUGCACUCAAACUUGAAAGCAAGGAGCAUGGACAGUGUUCCGCUGCAUUAGAAAAUUUAGAACAUAUUCUUAAUAUACCCAAAAGUGUACAAGAUGCUCUUGAUUUAAUCAAUGAAGGAAAGCUACUUGGAGCACAUCAAAGCCUUGCAAUUUUAGAACAUUCUAGAGAUGAUCUGUUGUAUGAAAUGCACAAGUUAGCAAAUCAGAGUCCAACAGAUCAAAAUAUGCUGAAACACUAUUUUUCGGAUGUUGACAAACUCUCAGAAGAAAUAAGCAAGCAGUUGUGGUUGGUUUUAUGCCGAACCUUAAACUCAGUUCGCAAAGAGCCAAAAGUCAUUGUUAGUGCUCUUAGGAUUAUUGAAAGAGAAGAAAGUGAAGAUGCUGUUGCAUUGGAUUUGCACAAGAGGACUGGCUAUAUGCCUAUUGGAAGACCCAAACAAUGGCGAAACAAAGCACUUGAAGUUAUAAAGCAAUCUGUGUUAGAAAGAAUUGAAGGAAAUCAAUUUGAAGAUAGAUCUGGAAAUAAAAUGUGGCUUGUCACUCAUUUAGAAGUUACAAGGCAAAUGUUUGUUGAGGAUUUGAGAGUUGUUAAAACUGCUUGUGUACCUUGUUUUCCACCAAAAUAUCAAAUUUUUGAAGAAUAUGUUAAAAUGUAUCACGACUGUCUUACUAGGCAUUUGCAAGAUGUGAUUGGAAACAAGUUAGAAGAUAAUGAAUACAUAACCUUACUUGGAUGGGUUAGUGAAUAUGGGAGUUCACAAAUGCUUGGACAUCCUGAUCUCAAUAUUGAUGUGUCAAAAUUGCCACCUCUUUUAGAAACAUCAGUUAUAAAUAGUCUUGUUAAUCAGUACCUUUACAAUGUUAAGCGAAAUUAUCGUGACUGGAUGAAAAAUGCCCUUGCUACAGAUGUUAAAGACUGGCAUCAGCAUGAAGGGCCAGAUGAAGAUGAAAGUGGCUAUUUUCACACACAACUACCUCUCAUUAUGUACAAUAUGCUGGAUCAGCACUUGCAAGUUGCUCAGACUGUAAGUAAAGAUCUUGUGCAAAGCAUGAUGCUUCUUAGUUUUGAAGAAGUAUUGGAAUUUAUUCGUUCAUAUGAAGAAUCAAUUAUGUCCUACAGAAAUAAACAUUUUGAAGAUCGAAGUGUUGUAAAAUAUUUUACUUCUUAUAUGAUAGCAACUUCUAAUAAUUGCCUUCAAUUUUGCGAAUUCGCUGAUAAAUUGAGGAUAAGAUACUGCAAAGAUCUUACAGUAAUUUCAAAAAGUGCUGAAACAGUAUUUUGUCGGACAAUUGAAGCUUUUUUGAAAUUGAUUAUGGUUGUAUUGAAGUGUUUGAGGGAAGAACUUUUUAUGGACUUGAGUAGUAAUUUGAAUGAAGUAAUGACUCGUACAUGGCUUCUCUCAGGGACUCAAAUUGUAGAUACAAUUCAUGCUACAUUAGAAGAUUAUGGAGCAGACUACACACACCUUUUGCCAGAAAACUUUAACUUAUUAAUUACUGACGUUAUGAAUUGGAUUGCAGUAAAUUACAUCUACUCUGUGCUUCAAAAAAGAAUGAGCUUCAAAACAUAUGAAGAAAGAAAACAGGCAUCUGAAAAAAUGUGUGAUGAAGGAAAACUACUUCAACAACUAUUUCAGCGUGCACCAUUUAAUAAAAGACUUAAUUCUGUGGUCAAAAAACGAGCCUAUUAUGAUGCAAAAAUAACUUUAGAAAAUAUUAUUAAAAAGUUUGGGCCCACUGAGCAAAAGGAAUCUCCAUUUGAAGCAGUACCACUUUUAGCUGAAGUAAUAAAACUGAAAGAUGUCAGCAUGCUUUCACUGGAAAUUUCCGGUGUUAUUCGUCAGUAUCCUGAUGUUACUCUAGAACAAUUAGUUGCUUUAAUACUAUGCCGUGGUGAUGUAAGCAAGAACGAAGCAAAACAACUUGUUUCUGAUAUCAUGACAGAAAUCGGGUCUCAGCAUAAAGAGAAAACUAUAUUUUCUGAUAUCACAAUAUCACUGUGAAAAACUUUUCUGUAAUGUUUUUUAUCCGGUUUCAUCCUGUCAAAUACUUGUUUUUGAAGCAGAGUAAUGUGUUGUAUUUAUUAUUAAAAUUUGUAUCAUAUAUACUUUCCUACGUAGAGUUAAAAUAAAGAAAUUAUUUAUUUUAUGAAAUGUCUGCUUCAGUUAAUAGUCUAUAAGUGUAUUUUUUUCGCUAUUAAUUUUCAAUAAAAUGAUAUUCUUUUUAACAGAAAAGAAUUAUUUAUCUAUGUCAGUUCUACUAGCAUAGUUUUGAAUUAUAAUCUUUCUAAAUUAUUUUUCUUGCUUGUAUAAUUGUAAUGCUUAGAUUAAUAUGUUGAUUUACAUUAGAUCAUAAAUAUUAUGCAAAGUUU